GCUCUCGCGUGGAUGUUACUUUACUUGAAAUUUCGUCCAAGAGCCUCGCUGCUUCCUGAUCUCACCAAAACAGGGGCCAAGCGAAUUUCAGUCUCACUUCCACGACCAUACACGUCUAAAAGUCUCGAAAACCAGGAUGCUAAGUCGUAUUAUAUCACCACACCCAUCUUUUAUCCAAAUGCAGUUCCUCACAUAGGACACUUGUACUCUCUUGUCGCCGGAGACAUCUUGGCGCGUUUCGCCAGGCUCUCAGAUCCAAAUAGACCCGUAUCAUUCCUCGCAGGCACAGACGAACAUGGCCUCAAGAUACAGAAAGCAGCCAAAGACCAAGGACUCGAGCCCAAAGUUUUGUGUGAUAAACUGAGUCAGCAGUUUCGUAAUUUGGCGGCUAGAGCCAAUGUCAGCAAUACAAUAUUCCUGCGCACGACAGAGGACGCGCACCACAAAGCCGUGGAAGACAUCUGGCAUCGACUAAACACAAAAGGACUAAUCUACAAAGGAAGCUACGAGGGGUGGUAUUCCGUCUCUGAUGAAUGUUUCUAUACAGACACCCAAGUGACCAAAUCAUCUAUCCCCGGUGGUGAUGUGAUGGUGUCAAUAGAGACGGGUUCCGUAGUCGAGUGGUCAGCAGAAGAGAACUACAAGUUCCGCUUGUCCGCAUUCCGCGAUUCGCUCCUCGCGCAUUAUGUCGCCAACAAAGAUGCCAUAUUUCCUCCCUCAUACCAUGCUCGUAUCAUCGACUCUUUGUCUUCUGAGCCAUUGGAGGACCUGUCGAUAUCUCGUCCGCGCUCUCGUUUGUCUUGGGGCAUUCCCGUACCGGGUGACCCAGGGCACACGAUAUAUGUAUGGUUUGAUGCAUUGACAGUGUAUCUCACUGGUCUGGGAUACCCUUGGAAGACUGCAGGAAUCAAUGGUCAUGCAGAAGGAUGGCCACCAAAUGUCCAAGUCAUCGGAAAAGAUAUCUUAAGGUUUCAUGCUAUCUAUUUCCCAGCCAUGCUCCAAGCGCUGAACCUGCCUCUCUCUCGGACACUACUGUCUCAUGCCCAUUGGACUGUGCAGCAAAGAAAGAUGUCGAAAUCUGUGGGGAAUGUUGCUGAUCCAUUUGAAGCUAUGGAUACUUUUGGAGUUGAUGUUGUUCGGUUUUACCUCGCUCGAGUGGGCGGUCGUUUCAGAGACGACGUUGAUUGGUCACACGAUCAACUAGAAAAGCACGGCGAAGAGAUUCGAAGUCUCCUGGGUAAUUUCUUCCUCAGAAUCACAUCGAAGGCAAUCCAAUCGCGCAUAGCUUCUGCGUCUCCUCUCUCCGUGCAUCAACUCACCACUCAAACAUAUUCAGGCGAAGAUUUACUCAAAACCGGUAACAUUGGGGUGCUUACUUCUUUGCGAGAGCUUGGACCUACCGUCAGGAAGAACAUUGGUCUCCUAGAAGUAGGUGACGCUCUCGAUGCCAUCAUACUCUGUUUGAAGCAAGCUAACGCUGCCAUGACUCACAUUGGGCCAUGGGCACGAGAACCAGAAGUCGCCCAGGCGUCGUACGUGACAUCUAUGGAGACACUACGGCUAUGUGCAAUAUGCUUGCAGCCUUUUAUCCCUUCGACAGCAGGGAGAUUGUUAGAAGCGCUUGGUGUUCCAUUGCACGAGCGUACACUUCAGUUUGCAGAAUUAGGUGCUGGAAAGGUUGGUGAAGGGGUGAAGGGCGUCAAGCUCUUCCCCCCAGCUCAUGCGAAGAAGAUAGAUAUAUGACCUUCGUCGGUCGCUGCUAUCUGACAAAUGGAAAUUCUUAGUGGAAAAGGUAUAAUGGUAAUAAAGCAGGUCGACGAAGAUUGAUAGAGUACCUCUACUCACAUUAUAAUGAUGAAUAUAAGAAGGUUGUCAGUGAA